AUGGAGGAGCAACAUUUCGAUGUUUUUGGAAGCGACAGCAGAAGCCAGUCCUCUUCAGGCUCAGAAACCUUGUCGGAGGGAGAAGGUAUGGACAUCUGUUUAGAAGAAGUGCACCAAGAUGACGAUUAUUUCAACAACCAACAUACUUCAGACUUCGUCACUCUAAAAACAGAAGGGAAGGAAGAAGAAAAGAGUGUGGCAGACGACGAGACGGUGGAACCAGGGAAUACAGAAUAUGGGGAAGGAGACGACGAAAUGGUAAAGAGUGCACACGUGUAAUUUACCCAUUAAACGCGUAGUAGUAAUUGCAAUGGUUUUGGGUGGAGUGGCUUGAAUGCCAGGCGUGUGUGCGCGCCCUCGCAAAGGUGACAACCAUCAUGCCUUGUUGCGGAUGUGCACUGCUUGUGAGAAAUAACAAAUGAAGUUACUUUAUUCAGAGUAAUGUUUUGGAUAUAUAUAUAUAUAUAUAUAUAUAUAUAUAUAUAGUACCAGUCAAACGUUUGGACACCUACUCAUUCAAGGGUUUUUCCUAAUUUUUUAUAUUUUCUACAUUGUAGAAUAAUAAUGAAGACAUCAACACUAUGAAAUAACACACAUGGAAUCACGUAGUAACCAAAAAAGUGUUAAACAAAUCCAAAUAUAUUUUAUAUUCUUCAAAGUAGCCACCCUUUGCCUUGAUGACAGCUUUGCACACUCUUGGCAUUCUCUCAACCAGCUUCACCUGGAAUGCUUUUCCAACAGUCUUGAAGGAGUUCCUACAUAUGCUGAGCACUUGUUGGCUGCUUUUCCUUCACUCUGCGGUCCAACCCAUCCCAAACCAUCUCAAUUGGGUUGAGGUCGGGUGAUUGUGGAGGCCAGGUCAUCUGAUGCAGCACUCCAUCACUCUCCUUCUUGGUCAAAUAGCCCUUACACUGCCUGGAGGUGUGUUGGGUAGUUUUCCUGUUGAAAAACAAAUGAUAGUCCCACUAAGCGCAAAACAGAUGGGAUGGCAUAUUGCUGCAGAAUGCUGUGGUAGCCAUGCUAGUUAAGUGUGCCUUGAAUUCUAAAUAAAUCACAUACAGUGUCACCAGCAAAGCACCAUCACACCUCCUCCUCCAUGCUUCACAGUGAGAACCACACGUGUGGAGAACAUCUGUUCACCUACUCUGCGUCUCAAAGAUAUGGCGGUUAGAACCAAAAAUCUCAAAUUUGGACUCAUCAGACCAAACGACAGAUUAUCACCGGUCUAAUGUCCAUUGCUCGUGUUUCUUGGCCCAAGCAAGUCUCUUCUUAUUAUUGGUGUCCUUUAGUAGUGGUUUCUUUGCAGCAAUUUGACCAUGAAGGCCUGACUCACACAGUCUCCUCUGAACAGUUGAUGUUGAUAUGUCUGUUACUUGAACUCUGUGAAGCAUUUAUUUGGGUUGUGAUUUCUGAGGUUGGUAACGAAUUAACUUAUCCUCUGCAGCAGAGGUAACUCUGGGUCUUCCUUUCCUGUGGCGGUCCUCAUGAGAGCCUGUUUCAUCAUAUCACUGGAUGGUUUUUGCGACUGCACUUGACACAGCCUGGAGGUGUCAAGUGGAACUUUCAAACUUCUUGAAAUUUUCCUGAUUGACUGACCUUCAUGUCUUAAAGUAAUGAUGGACUGUCAUUUCUCUUUGCUUAUUUGAGCUGUUCUUGCCAUAAUAUGGACUUGGUCUUUUACCAAAUAGGGCUAUCUUCUGUAUACCACCCCUGCCUUGUCACAACACAACUGAUUGGCUCAAACGCAUUAAGAAGGAAAGAAAUUCAACAAAUUAACUUUUAACAAGGCACACCUGUUAAUUAAAAUGCAUUCCAGGUGACUACCUCAUGAAGCUGGUUGAGAGAAUGCCAAGAGUGUGCAAGCUUUCAUCAAGACAAAGACUGGCUACUUUGAAGAAUCUCAAAUCUCAAAUUUGUUUAACCCUUUUUUGGUUACUACAUGAUUCCAUAUGUGUUAUUUCAUAGUUUUGACUUCUUCACUAUUCUACAAUGUAGAAAAUAGUACAAAUAAAUAAAAACCCUGGAUUGAGUAGGUAUCUGAACUUUUGACUGGUACUGUAUAUAUCCAGGCUUUGUCGAGAAGACUACUCUUCUGACAUCAAGUCUCGCACACCAAAAUACCUCUUUGCAGCUGCCACCACAACCUCAAUUUUCUGCGACUUACAUUUCAUCCCUGCAGUACAGUUGAUAACCAUUGCUUUAAAUGCUAAACAUCCAAUCUUACUGAAACAUAUUUCACUUGUUAGCCUAUCCCUCUGUACUGGUACAGCUCUACUAUUCACACCACUCCUCUCAGGAUCCCUCCCCCUUGACCCAUCUUCCUCUACUUUCUUCACUGCCUCAGCAUGACAACUUCUGCACUACUCUAACCCUGGAAACCUCAACCUGCCUCUCUCGCACCGGACAUUUCUGAUCCCCAGCCCCAUGGGCACCCCUACAAUUAACACAUACCACUACUUUCCCCAAUGCAACACAUUCCUUUGUCUCAUGCCCUUCUGUACACUUCUCACACCUCCCUCCUACAUUCUGCUGCCACAUGCCCAUAAGCUUGACAUCUGUAGCAACGUAAUGUAUUCGGCACCAAAGCUUGUAUGGGAUAACUUAUACAGUUGAAGUCGGAAGUUUACAUACACCUUAGCCAAAUCCAUUUAAACUCAGUUUUUCACAAUUCCUGACAUUUAAUCCUAGUAAAAAUUCCCGGUCUUAGGUCAGUUAGGAUCACCACUUUAUUUUAAGAAUGUGAAAUGUCAGAAUAACAGUAGAGAGAAUUAUUUAUUUCAGCUUUUAUUUCUUUCAUCACAUUCCCAGUGGGUCAGAAGUUUACAUAUACUCAAUUAGUAUUUGGUAGCAUUGCCUUUAAAUAGUUUAACUUGGGUCAAACUUUUCGCGUAGCCUUCCACAAGCUUCCCACAAUAAGUUGGGUGAAUUUUGGCCCAUUCCUCCUGACAGAGCUGGUGUAACUGAGUCAGGUUUGUAGGCCUCCUUGCGUACACAUGCUUUUUCAGUUCUGCCCACACAUUUUCUAUAGGAUUGAGGUCAGGGCUUUGUGAUGGCCACUCCAAUACCUUGACUUUGUUGUCCUUAAGCCAUUUUGCCACAACUUUGGAAGUAUGCUUGGGGUUAUUGUCCAUUUGGAAGACCCAUUUGCGUCCAAGCUUUAACUUCCUGACUGAUGUCUUGAGAUGUUGCUUCAAUAUAUCCACAUAAUUUUCCUUCCUCAUGACGCCAUCUAUUUUGUGAAGUGCACCAGCCCCUCCUGCAGAAAAGCACCCGCACAGCAUGAUGCUGCCACCCCCAUGCUUCACGGUUGGGAUGGUGUUCUUCGGCUUGCAAGCAACCCCUGUUUUCCUCCAAACAUAACGAUGGUCAUUAUGGCCAAACAGUUCUAUUUUUGUUUCAUCAGACCAGAGGACAUUUCUCAAAAAAGUAUGAUCUUUGUCCCCAUGUGCAGAUGCAAACCGUAGUCUGGCUUUUUUAUGGCGGUUUUGGAGCAGUGGCUUCUUCCUUGCUGAGCGGCCUUUCAGGUUAUGUCGAUAUGACUCAUUUUACUCUGGAUAUAGAUACUUUUGUACCUGUUUCCUCCAUCAUCUUCACAAGGUCCUUUGCUGUUGUUCUGGGAUUGAUUUGCACUUUUCGCACCAAAGUACGUUCAUCUCUAGGAGACAGAACACGUCUCCUUCCUGAGCGGUAUGACGGCUGUGUGGUCCCAUGGUGUUUAUACUUGCGUACUAUUGUUUGUACAGAUGAACGUGGUACCUUCAGGGGUUUGGAAAUUGCUCCCAAGGAUUAACCAGACUUGUGGAGGUCUACAAUUUUCUUUCGGAUUUCUUUUGAUUUUCCCAUGAUGUCAAGCAAAGAGGCACUGAGUUUGAAGGUAGGCCUUGAAAUACAUCCACAGGUACACCUCCAAUUGACUCAAAUGAUGUCAAUUAGCCUAUCAGAAGCUUCUAAAGCCAUGACAUCAUUUUCUGGAAUUUUCCAAGCUGUUUAAAGGCACAGUCAACUUAGUGUAUGUAAACUUCUGACCCACUGGAAUUGUGAUACAGUGAAUUAUAAGUGAAAUAAUCUGUCUGUAAAAAGACUUGUGUCAUGUACAAAGUAGAUGUCCAAACCGACUUGCCAAAACUAUAGUUUGUUGACAAGACAUUUGUGGAGUGGUUGAAAAACGAGUUUUAAUGACUCCAACCUAAGUGUAUGUAAACUUCCGACUUCAACUGUAUAUCCUAAUAUCACUUUGACGGGCAAAGACUCAACAUCAAAACUCAAAAGGACAGACAACGACUCUUCUGUUUCACCACUCACGCCACCCUGUCUGCGUCGCAAUCACCGGGAAUCUUCCCCUUCAGUUGGUCAACUUUCACAUUUACCCCAGUAAUCACUCCUCUCAAUGGCACCCUUGAGAGCAAAACAAUUAAUCUCUCUUGUUCCGAUUCAUUUAACCCAGAGCGCCUGCUCCCUUUGACCAGCAGAAACACAAACAAUUAUCACAAGACCACAUCUGGUUACCCUCACCGAUUCCACAGCACCCAACUCUGAUUUCACCCACCCUGAAACCACAAAUGGAUCAGCCAAAAGGCAAGGGUCCACUCUUUCCCAAAACGUCACUCCUACUGUCACAGACUCCUCUUUAUCCUGACCCUCGGUGCAAGCCUCAGGCUCCGAGAACUUCACCACACCUACCAACUCCGAUACCUACCAAGCCCUCAUUCACUUCCAUUUCUCCUCCUGUCUUCGAUCUGGCGUACAGCUCACUCUGCUUAUACUUUCUACCAUUCUUCUUUAACAAAUCAUCUCCCUUUGUUCCGCCAUGUUUAACCGACUCAAGCUCACCCUCUUUCUCUCUUCGACGCCAUUUAACCGGCUGUCACAAUCUCUGUACAAUCAGCACGAACCCCUCGGGAUGUAGUGCUCAACAGUGCAUCCCAUUUGUAAAACGUCUGCUUCGUCUUGAUGUUCUUCUUUGUCUUCACUGGUUCUGAUCAGCUUAAUUGGUGUAGGGUUUAACCUUGCUGAUCUAACCAGUGGGCGUGUUCAGGAUCUGCAACGUUUCAAACACUUAUCUGAGUCACAAUUUACCUAUCAUCAAUCUCUUAUCUUAGACAUCCACACAGCUGUUUAGUUGUUGUGAACAUACCCCAGGCGUUACCCAAGCUUUUUCUCUGGAGAAACUGGAUUGGCUCUACGAAACUACUGUUGAAUUCCAAAUCGACCCCUAGCCCGACCCUGUGGCUAAGGUACUCCUGUAGAUCUGAAAUGACUUGAUAGGUUCAAGCAAUAUGGAGACAAUUCCAUUUCAAUGUAUUAUUAAAUACUGUACAUUUGAUAGACAGAUUUUGAUUGUGAAGGUGGAAGUUGCCCCUAACCCCUGAUUCAGGGUUAGUUAUAUUAUUCACCUGCCUAAUCUCAAAGGCUAAUAUUGGGAGUAGGGUAAUCUGAUACUUGAUCUGUAUUUAAGGGCGACUCCUAUGCAGAGCUAAUUCAACACGUCAAUGCCCCAUUACCCCUUUAAAGCCAUGUCAGGUUACCACCAUUGGGGACAUGGCCCAGUUACACGGCUAGACCCCUGACCCCUAACCUCUAAUCUCUGACCUGUAACUUUAGCUAUGUCAUGCCAUUAAGGGGCUUCUGGGAAGAGUGGCUUAUCUGUGACAUCUCCUCAGGCUGUGUUUGCGUUAGGCUGUGUUUGUAUUUCAAAUGGAACACACGCCAUAGCUGGGUUUAUGUACUUCUUUGUUUACGGACAACACACACAUACGUGCUUCUUAUUCUGAAAAUGAGUACCAUCUAUCUGUGAGUGGAGUCUUAACUGGUAGUUGCAGGUUUUUACACUACCCCAAAAUCAUCCUGAGAGUUUUUUGGGCCAUUGGAAAAAAGCCUACUGCAUGAAAAAUGAAAUGCUGCAAACUUGAAUUGAACCCUGUGUUUAUAUCAGUCCAGCUGCAUCUUAGCAGUACUGUCUGUCUCUGUCUACACUUACCUCAUGAAAUCCGCGCCUGGUGGUCCAGCCAGAUAUGGCUACAGUUAUGUAUGUUUGGUGUAUAAGGACAGGAAGGAAGGAGUCCUGGUAAAUAAAACCGUUCUUAUUUGGAGACGGAUGUUUUGAUUCGAUGAAAUAUGGGCUAACUUGGAAAACAUUGUUGCAGUUGUUCACACACAACUCAGCAUUUUAUCCACAGUAAUACAACUGUUGCUCCUGGGCCUCUCUGCAAUUUAUAGAGCAGAUUAUUUCAGUGUCCUAAAACGUAGCAAUACCUUUCAAACAUCCUGGUGGGAUGAUUGAGAAAAGGAUGUGUUUUUUUUUAACCUUUUGCGUUGUUCCAUGUCAUUUGCAAGCCAUGACACCCACCUUCUCAGAUUGUUCAGGAAUUGUUUCUGUAGUUAGAAACGGGUAACACUGGCAUUCCUGAAACAUUUAUUGUGUUGACAUUUUAUUUUAUCUCUGAGAAAUUAAGCAUUGAUUGUGCCCAAAAUUGUCAUUUUAAUGUAUAGGAUUCAGGUAAUAUUCAAUAAAUAUAGUACCCAACAUCCGAUUUGGACCAAACUUCUUCCUACCAAUGAGUAAGACAUGGGAAUCCCCAAAAAAUUGUCAAAAGCCACCAAUGGACCCCUCACACCCCAUGCCAAUCCCACCCAACAUCCAGUAUACAGUAUCAGUUCUCUAUGUUUUUCCGAGAUCAAAUUAUAUUUAAACAAAAUAAUGUUUCAGGAAUGCUAAUAGUGUCUGUUACUAACUACAGAAACGAUUUCAGAACAAUCUGAGAUGGCGGGUGUCAAUCCUCUUUCUUGUGGUUUUUGAGGUGGAACGAACCUUUUGGAUUUCAAUAACAGACUAGUACAGUGUUUGUCAACUUGUGGUCCUUGCACAAGCCCAGGUCCCUGGAAUGUUACUUACUCUACCACUAUGCCAUGUGAAAAUGUCCGCCUUUGAACACUAGUACUGAAACAAUUUCCAGGUGUUUAUACAGUCAUGUUUUUUCAUGUCUGUGGGCUGAUCAGGAAUUCUGGGUUCGUUCUAGAUCAGAACAGCUUGUUUGCUGCUGCUCAAUAUCCCUGUAUGUAUGCAUGAUUUCCCUUGUGUUAGAGAAAUGGGCUUCAUGUUUAUUCUUAUUUGUACACCAAUCACGUUAUUGUGGAUUUUCCUUUUGUGAUUCUAAUGAGCUGUGCAGGCCUACACACAUCUUUCCAUCCAACACACAUCUCUUCUCCAAUCUAUAGCACUUCCAAGUGAUAGGAGCAUAUCAAAUUGGGUGUCAAAUGAAAGCGAACAGUCUAUAUUUUUGAGAAAUUAAGGCAUAUAUAUAUAUAUAUAUAUAUAUAUAUAUAUAUAUAUAUAUAUAUAUAUAUAUAUAUAUACAUUUUCCAUCCAAAAAAUUAGGAAUAAGCAAUUGCUCUGAUUUCUUGUUAAACCCAUAGAAAAGGGGUCUUAGAAAACGUCUACCAGAAAGUCUUCAAAGGUAUUAUUUAUUUAAUGUUAAUUUCUCUACCAUAAUCCGCCGCUAACGUUGUUUUAGAGAAUAUGUCAGUAUGUCCAACCUGCCUCAAAACCGCAGACCACAGUGGCCAAAAAUAUUGGCACCCUUGCACUUUUUUCAAGUUUCCCUAAAAAUAAGUUGUUUGGUCUCCACAGUUCUUUAUUUCACUGUUAAUAUUACAGAACCUUUGUUUUUUAUUAAGAACUUAAUAUAUCGAUUUUAAGUCAGAAAAUAAACAGAAAUCGACAAAAUUGACACCCUAGACUUAAUAUUUGGUAGCACAUAACUACAAAUAACUAGAAUCAAGCGCUUCCUAUAGCCAUCGAUAAGCUUCCUGCGCCUCUGUGCUGGCAGUUUGGCCCACUUCUCUUGUGCAAACUUGUCUAGUUCUCCCAGAUUUGAAGAGUGCUUUCUCCCAACUGCUGUUUUCCUAUCUCUCCACAAGUUUUCAAUGGGAUUUCGAGAUGGACUCCUUGCUGGCCACUUCAGAAUAGUCCAGCGUUUUGUCUUAUACCAUUCCUGGGUGCUUUUUGAAGUGUGUUUGGGGUCAUUGUCCUGCUGGAAGACCCAUGACCUUCGACGGAGACACCGCUUUCUGACACUGAGUCUGACAUUGUGCUCCAAAAUGCCUUCGUAUUCUCCUGAUUUCAUGAUGCCAUGCACACGUUCAGUGCCAGAUGCAGCAAAGCAAUCCCAAAACAUCACUGAACCUCCAUGUUUGACUGUAGGGAAUGUGUUUUUUUUUUAAGGCUUAAUUUUGUUUUCUGUAAACAUAGAGAUAGUGUGCUUAACCAAAAAGCUCUAAUUUGGUCUCAUCUGUCCACAGGACAUUCUCCCAGAAGUAUUUUGGCAUGUUCAGGUGUGUUUUGGCAAAUUGCAGUCGGGCUUUCUUAUGUGUCUCUCUCAGCAGUGGGGUCCUCCUGGGUCUCCUACCAUAUAACCCUGUUUUAUUGAGUUGGCGACGGAUGGAGCGAGUUGAAACUGUCAUACCUUGUGUCUGAAGGUCAGUUUGAAUCUGUGUGGCAGUUGAUCGAGGAUUUUUAUCCACCAUUCGAACAAUACUUUGCUGCAAUAUUCCAUCAAGUUUUCUCUUGCGGCCAUGUCCAGGGAGGUUGGCUAGAGUGGCAUGGGCCUUGAACUUCUUGAUAACAUUAAGGUCUCUUGAGAUUGUCCAUGCUUGGCUACCAAAGAGCUCUCCAAGGAUGUCAGGGACAAGAUUGUAGACCUACACAAGGCUGGAAUGGGCUACAAGACCAUCGCCAAGCAGCUUGGUGAGAAGGUGACAACAGUUGGUGCGAUUAUUCGCAAAUGGAAGAAACACAAAAGACUGUAAAUCUCCCUCGGCCUGGGGCUCCAUGCAACAAGUCAGUUUGUAAAGUUUCUGCCCUGCUAGAGCUGCCCUGAUCAACUUUAAGUGCUGUUAUUGUGAAGUGGAAAGGUCUAGGAGCAACAAUGGCUCAGCUGCGAAGUGGUAGGCCACACAAGCUCAAAGAACGGGACCGCGAGUGCUGAAGUGCAUAAAAAUAGUCUAUCCUCAGUUGCAACACUCACUACAGAGUUCCAAACUACCUCUGGAAGCAACGUCAGCACAAUAACUGUUCGUCGGGAGCUUCAAGAAAUGGGUUUCCAUGGCCGAGCAGCCGCAAACAAGCCUAAGAUCACCAUGCGCAAUGCAAAGCGUAGGCUGGAGUGGUGUAAAGCUCACCGCCAUUGGACUCUGGAGCAGUGGAAAAUACAUUCUCUGGAGUGAUGAAUCACGCUUCACCCUCUGGCAGUCCAACGGACAAAUCUGGGUUUGGCAGAUGCCAGGAGAACGCUACCUGCCCCAAUGCAUAGUGCCAACUGUAAUGUUUGGUGGAGGAGGAGUAAUGGUCUGGGGCUGUUUUUCAUGGUUUGGGCUAGGCCCCUUAGUACCAGUGAAGGUAAAUCUUAAUGCUACAGCAUACAAUGACAUUCUAGACAAUUCUGUGCUUCCAACUUUGUGGCAACAGUUUGGGGAAGGCCCUUUCCUGUUUCAGCAUGACAAUGCCCCCGUUCACAAAGUGAGGUCCAUACAGAAAUGGUUUGUCGAGAUCGGUGUUGAAGAACUUGACUGGCCUGCACAGAGCCCUGAACUCAACUCCAUCGAACACCUUCGGGAUGAAUUGGAACGCCGACUGUGAGCCAGGCCUAAUCACGCAACGUUAGUGCCCGACCUCACUAAGGCUUGUGGCUGAAUGGUAGCAAGUCCCCACAGCAAUGUUCCAACAUCUAGUGGAAAGCCUUCCCAGAAGAGUGGAGGCUGUUAUAGCAGCAAAGGGGGGGACCAACUCAAUAUUAAUAACCAUGAUUUUGGAAUGAGAUGUACGACGAGCAGGUGUCUACAUACUUUUGGUCAUGUAGUGUGUAUGUAUGUAUGCAUGCAAAUUAAAGCUGACAGUCUGCGCUUUAACCUCAUAGUCAUUGUAUCAUUGCAAAUCCAAAAUAUUGGAGUACAGAGCCAAAACAACAAAUGUGUCACAGUCCCAAUACCUUCGGCGCUCACUGUAAAUGGCUAUUGCCCCAUAGCACUCACUUCAAAUGAAAUCAUAUAAAAUUACAUUGUAUUGUACACAUACACUAUAUAUACAAAAGUGUGUGGACACCCCUUCAAAUUAUUGGAUUUGGCUAUUUCAGCCACACCCGUUGCUGACAGGUGUAUCUUUAAAAUCGAGCACACAGCAAUGCAAUGAAAAAGCCAUAUCUCAGACUGCCCAUCUUCAUCUUUUAUUUUUAUUGGCCAGUCUGAGAUAUGAGUUUUUCUUUGCAACUCUGCCUAGAAGGUCAGCAUCCCAGAGUCGCCUCUUCACUGUUGAGACUGGUGUUUUGCGGGUACUAUUUAAUGAAGCUGCCAGUUGAGGACCUGUGAGGCGUCUGUUUCUCAAACUAGACACUAAUGUAUUUGUCCUCUUGCUCAGUUGUGCACAGGGGCCUCCCACUCCUCUUUCUACAGUGAGGGAAAAAAGUAUUUGAUCCCCUGCUGAUUUUGUACGUUUGCCCACUGACAAACGUACAAAAUCAGGUAGCUUAGUGGGUAAGAGCGUUGUGCCAGUAACCGAAAGGUCACUGGUUCUAAUCCCCGAGCCGACUAGGUGAAAAAUCUGUCGAUGUGCCCUUAAGCAAGGCACUUAACCCUAAAUGCUCCUGUAAGUCGCUCUGGAUAAGAGCGUCUGCUAAAUGACUAAAAUGUAAAAAUGUAAAUGACAAAGAAAUGAUCAGUCUAUAAUUUUUAUGGUAGGUUUAUUUGAACAGUGAGAGACAGAAUAACAACAACAAAAUCCAGAAAAACGCAUGUCAAAAAUGUUAUAAAUUGAUUUGCAUUUUAAAUGAGGGAAAUAAGUAUUUGACCCCUCUACAAAACAUGAUUUAGUACUUGGUGGCAAAAUCCUUGUUGGCAAUCACAGAGGUCAGACGUUUCUUGUAGUUGGCCACCUCUGAGUAUGUGCUACCAAAUAUGAAGUCUAGGGUGUCAACAUUUACAAGGCUAUUUCUGAGGUGGGUUACUGGGUGGAAAACUGCUGAAUUGGAGGAAAGGUUUCUCUUCAGCCAACCGUUUGUGCCCUUUUGCCUAGAUUUUUGGGAGUAUUCUUCUAGCAGAGUUGGGCUGGGGUUUGAGGGGUAUUCUGUCCAUAUUACCCCACUUGGUGUUGUCAAUCUUAAAGGGAGGAUGCCCUGGCUAUAGAAAAUGUCCUCUUGGUUCAAAGCAAUUGUGUAGAUGAGAGCCAUGUGUCUGAGAGAGUGAAAUACACCCAGUGGCUGAAACUACUCACUGGCUGUCGUGAACUUUAGUACAGAUUCUGCUGGACAGCAGUGAAAUGUCAUAGUCAGCUUUGUUCUCUUCCCUUGUUCAUAAUUCAAUGUGUUAUUAUGCACAUGAGGAAGACCGCUUCAUUUUGAUCGCUUGUAAAAUCUAAGUCUGAUAGAAUUGUAUGAAAGGCUAUAGUAUGUGGUUCCAAUGGCAAGGUGGGUUUGAGCAUGCUGGUAACACCAGGGUUGUGGUCGGUUUGACUCCUGCAUAGGCCACAUACUGUAGGCCUAUUGAAUGUGGUUACUGUUAGACGCUUGGAUAAAAGUGCCUUGCUAAAAAUUACCAUAUUAUGUACAAUAGGUUAUACUUCAAAGGAGUGUGUUUGUAUGUCCACUUGUUUCGAAUGAGCUUGACCAUGACAACCCACUGUUGUGGAUUUGCUGCUAUGGCCAUGACGUGAUCUUUCCUUGUCCGCUCUCUAACCAAUGAAUCUUUCAAUCUUGUAUGUGAAAAUGCAUGAUGCCAAAUCUCGCAGUCAGAUUGGUUGUGUUGUGUAGAACCUACAGUACCCUAGAUAGAUGACAUCAUCGGAGUGCCUGAUGAAUUCUGAAGUGACUUCGCCAACACUUAAUGCGAAAAAAGGGCUGCCAUCAAUAAUGUAGUUGACUUGUUCAGAUAUUGUUUUAAUCUGCUUGUCAGUGAUGUGUUUGAGUUGAACGGCAUUGCCUCUCUCUAGAUGGGCUAUAGCAAGCCUCUCAUUUCUGUUCAGUGGUCAGUGCUAUGGAGAGGCCAUUGACUGAGAACAGAUAGCAUGAGUAAAGUACUGUAGACAAACAGGCUUUUCUAAAAGAGUAGUUAAUUUGCUCAGGCAAGCUGAGCAAAUGUUUAAUGCAGACAGUCACAGCUGAUAAGUGGGGGAGUGGGACUUUGAGGAUAUGGUAGCUGCACAGACUGUUCCUGCUUUUGCCUUUUUAAAUAUUCCUCAUCUCUGCUUUUACUUCUGUUUCUGUGUUUGCCCUUUUAGAUCUCUCAUCUGUGUGUUCAGUCUCUGUGCUCCUAGAUCCGUAGUUGGAGAGAGAGAGGGAGGGGGGUUAUAAUAAAUACUGAACGGCAAACACAAGGACACCCGUCUGAGGAGAUAAGUUGCCUCUGAGUGUUGUGCAUGUGGUCUCUCUGUAGGCUGAGAUGGUCAGGUCAAGGUCAGUGUUGGAAGUACCGGGCCGGCUGGCUCCACUGUGUUUGUUCUGCCUUGUACUGCACUGCUACUCUCUGAUCCCCUUUUAAAGUUUCCUCUCAUGCCAAGGAAAGAUGACUUAACACUGCGCUCAGACAACCCUUUCUGUACUUAAUGUAUGCCUGUAUGUCUCAUCCAAGUUGUUCAAAUCAUUUUUUCUUUUUAUGGACUCCAUCUGUCUCUCCCUGUUUUUCUUUCUCACUCUCUCCCCCUUUCUUACUCUCUCCCUCUCUCUUUCUCUGCUCUUGAUAACUUUCUCAGUUUGAGACAAGUCAUUUUAAUGCGAGGGCUUUCAACAGUCUAGUUUAUCAGCAAUCACUCUUCAAGUCUUGAUUUGACAACUGCGAGGUCCGUAAUGUUUUAUGCAAAUGAAGCAGCAGCAGCAGACGACUUAGUGUUUUGUUACACCUGAACCUCCAUUUGUUUUGCAGGUGGUUGUUUGUUUGUUUGUCUCGCCGCAUUUAGUGUUAAUGGAUGAAUAUGUACUCUAUCAGAUGGUGCUUCUUUCUUCAGCAACUCACCAAUAUGCUGUAUCGGCUUUUUCAUGACCCUUUAUCUCAUCUGAGAGGUAGUCGACUGAAUGUGUCAUGGGCAAAUGCACGGAAAUGGAGACUCCGAUUUCUCACUUAAAAUGUAUGUGAAAUAAAAUCCAUUUGAUUUCAAAGUUUAAUAAACCAUGCAACUCUAUGCACAAGGACUACUUUUAACAAUUUACACAGAAAAUUGUACAAAAACAAAUUUACUGAUGCAAAGUUGGUUGGACCGGACCAAAUCUUAACCAAAUCAUAGACGUCUAUGUUUCACAAGUUUGGAAAUCGAAGUACUGUGCAGCACAGCACAGUAGAGUACAGCAGAGUUCAGUACGUUAUAGUGUACUCAACUCUAGUGUGCUCUACUUUUCUUUACUGUACUGUACUGUCCAAACUUGUGAACCCAACUGUGGUUUGUGGCUACUAUGAUUCCCCCCCCCAAAACAUAUGUUGACACCGGCUCGUCGAACAUCUCAUUCCACAAUCAUGGGCAUUAAAAUGGAGUUGAUCCCCCCCACCUUUGCUGCUAUAACAGCCUCCACUCUUCUGGGAAGGUUUUCCACUAGAUGUUGGAACAUUACUGUGGGGACCUGCUUCCAUUCAGCCACAAGAGCAUUAGUGAGGUCGGGCACGGAUGUUGGGCGAUUAGGCCUGGCUCGCAUUCGGUGUUCCAAUUAAUCCCAAACGUGUUCGAUGGGGUUGAGGUCAGGGCUCUGUGCAGGCCAGUCAAGUUCUUCCACACCGAUCUCGACAAACCAUUUUUGUAUGGACCUCGCUUUGUGCACAGGGGCAUUGUCAUUCUGAAACAGGAAAGGGCCUUCCCCAAACUGUUGCCACAAAGUUGGAAGAACAGAAUCGUCUCGAAUGUCAUUGUAUGCUGUAGCGUUAAAAUGUCCCUUCACUGGAACUAAGGGGCCUAGCCCAAACCAUGAGAAACCGCCCCAGACCAUUAUUCAUCCUCCACCAAACUUUAUAGUUGGUACUAUGCAUUGGGCCAGGUAGCGUUCUCCUGGCAUCCGACAAACCCAGAUUUCUCUGUUGGACUGCCAGAUAGUGAAGUGUGAUUCAUCACUCCAGAGAACGAGUUUCCACUGCUCCAGAGUCCAAUGGCAGCGAGCUUUACACCACUCCAGCCGACUCUUGACGUUGCGAUCUUAUGCUUGUGUGCGGCUGCUCCGCGAUGGAAACCCAUUUUAUUGAGCUCCCAACGAACAGCUAUUGUGCUGACGUUGCUUCCAGAGGCAGUUUGGAGCUCUGUAGUGAGUGAUGCAACCGAGGACAGAUUAUUUUUUACGUUCCUCAGUACUCAGUGGUCCCGUUCUGUGAGCUUGUGUGGCCUACCACUUCUGCGACUGAGCCAUUGAUGCUCCUAGACGUUUCCACUUCACAAUAACAUUACUUACAGUUGACUGGAGCAGAUCUAGCAGGGCAGACAUUUGACGAACUGACUUGUUGGAAAGGUGGCGUCCUAUGACGGUUCCACGUUGUGUCACUGAGCUCUUCAGUAAGGCCAUGCUAUUGCCAGUGUUUGGCUAUGGAGAUUGCAUGGCUGUGUGCUCGAUUUUAUACACCUGUCAGCAACGGGUGUGGCUGAAAUAGCCGAAGCCACUAAUUUGAAGGGGUGUCCACGUACUUUUGUAUAUACAGUGUAUUUUCCUAAAUACAUUUCACAUACAUGGCUCUUUUCCACACAGUAUUACAUGACAAAAAUACAGUUUAAUAUACAGUGCAUUCGGAAAGUAUUCAGACCCCUUGACUUUUUCCACAUUUUGUUACGUUAUAGCCUUAUUCUAAAGUUGAUUACAUUGUUUUUUCCCUCAUCAAUCUACACACUAAUUAUAUUGAAAUUUUUGCAAAUGUAUAGAAAAUAAAAACAUACAGUGAGGGGAAAAAAGUAUUUGAUCCCCUGCUGAUUUUGUACGUUUGCCCACUGACAAAGAAAUGAUCAGUCUAUAAUUUUAAUGGUAGGUUUAUUUGAACAGUGAGAGACAGAAUAACAACAGAAAAAUCCAGAAAAACGCAUGUCAAAAAUGUUAUAAAUUGAUUUGCAUUUUAAUGAGGGAAAUAAGUAUUUGACCCCCUCUCAAUCAGAAAGAUUUCUGGCUCCCAGGUGUCUUUUAUACAGGUAACGAGCUGAGAUUAGGAGCACACUCUUAAAGGGAGUGCUCCUAAUAAUCUCAGCUUGUUACCUGUAUAAAAGACACCUGUCCACAGAAGCAAUCAAUCAAUCAGAUUCCAAACUCUCCACCAUGGCCAAGACCAAAGAGCUCUCCAAGGAUGUCAGGGACAAGAUUGUAGACCUACACAAGGCUGGAAUGGGCUACAAGACCAUUGCCAAGCAGCUUGGUGAGAAGGUGACAACAGUUGGUGCGAUUAUUUGCAAAUGGAAGAAACACAAAAGACUGUAAAUCUCCCUCGGCCUGGGGCUCCAUGCAAGAUCUCACCUCAUGGAGUUGCAAUGAUCAUGAGAACGGUGAGGAAUCAGCCCAGAACUACACGGGAGGAUCUUGUCAAUGAUCUCAAGGCAGCUGGGACCAUAGUCACCAAGAAAACAAUUGGUAACACACUACGCCGUGAAGGACUGAAAUCCUGCAGCGCCCACAAGGUCCCCCUGCUCAAGAAAGCACAUAUACAGGCCCGUCUGAAGUUUGCCAAUGAACAUCUGAAUGAUUCAGAGGAGAACUGGGUGAAAGUGUUGUGGUCAGAUGAGACCAAAAUCGAGCUAUUUGGCAUCAAUUCAACUUGCCGUGUUUGGAGGAGGAGGAAUGCUGCCUAUGACCCCAAUAACACAAUCCCCACCGUCAAACAUGGAGGUGGAAACAUUAUGCUUUGGGGGUGUUUUUCUGCUAAGGGGACAGGACAACUUCACCGCAUCAAAGGGACAAUGGAUGGGGCCAUGUACCGUCAAAUCUUGGGUGAGAACCUCCUUCCCUCAGCCAGGGCAUUGAAAAUGGGUCGUGGAUGGGUAUUCCAGCAUGACAAUGACCCAAAACACACGGCCAAGGCAACAAAGGAGUGGCUCAAGAAGAAGUACAUUAAGGUCCUGGAAUGGCCUAGCCAGUCUCCAGACCUUAAUCCCAUAGAAAAUCUGUGGAGGGAGCUGAAGGUUUGAGUUGCCAAAUGUCAGCCUCGAAACCUUAAUGACUUGGAGAAGAUCUGCAACGAGGAGUGGAAAGAAAAAAAUCCCUCCUGAGAUGUGUGCAAACCUGGGGGCCAACUACAAGAAACGUCUGACCUCUGUGAUUGCCAACAAGGGUUUUGCCACCAAGUACUAAGUCAUGUUUUGCAGAGGGGUCAAAUACUUAUUUCCCUCAUUAAAAUGCAAAUCAAUUUAUAACAUUUUUGACAUGUGUUUUUCUGGAUUUUGUUGUUGUUAUUCUGUCUCUCACUGUUCAAAUAAACCUACCAUUAAAAUUAUAGACUGAUCAUUUCUUUGUCAGUGGGCAAACGUACAUAAUCAGCAGGGGUUCAAAUACUUUUUUUCCUCACUGUAACUUGGGUCAAACGUUUCGGGUAGACUUCAACAAGCUUCCCACAAUAGGUUGGGUGAAUUUUGGCCCAUUCCUCCUGACAGAGCUGGUGUAACAGAGUCAGGUUUGUAGGCCUCCUUGCUCGCACACGCUUUUUCAGUUCUGCCCACAAAUUUCUAUAGGAGUGAGGUCAGGGCUUUGUGAUGGCCACUCCAAUACCUUGACUUUGUUGUCCUUAAGCCAUUUUGCCACAACUUUGGAAGUAUGCUUGGGGUCAUUGUCCAUUUGGAAGACCCAUUUGCGACCAAGCUUUAACUUCCUGACUGAUGUCUUAAGAUGUUGCUUCAUAAUAUCCACAUCAUUUUCCUUCCUCAUGAUGCCAUCUAUUUUGUGAAGUGCACCAGCCCCUCCUGCAGCAAAGCACCCCACAGCAUGAAGCUGCCACCCCCGUGCUUCACGGUUGGGAUGGUGUUCUUCAGCUUGCAAGCCUUACCCUUUUUCCUCCAAAAAUAACGAUGGUCAUUAUGGCCAAACAGUUCUAUUUUUGUUUCAUCAGACCAGAGGACAUUUCUCAAAAAAUUAAGAUCUGGCUUUUUUAUUUCGGUUUUGGAGCAGUGGCUUCUUCCUUGCUGAGCGGCCUUUCAGGUUAUGUCGAUAUAGGACUCGUUUUACUGUGGAUAUAGAUACUUUUGUACCUGUUUCCUCCAGAAUCUUCACAAGGUCCUUUGCUGUUGUUCUGGGAUUGAUUUGCACUUUUCGCAUCAAAGUAUGUUCAUCUCUAGGAGACAGAACGCGUCUCCUUCCUGAGCGGUAUGACGGCUGCGUGGUCCCAUGGUGUUUAUACUUGCAUACUAUUGUUUGUACAGAUGAACGUGGUACCUUCAGGCAUUUGGAAAUUGCUCCCAAGGAUGAAUUAGACUUGUGGAGGUCUACAAUUCUUUUUCUGAGGUCUUGGCUGAUUUCUUUUGAUUUUCCCAUGAUGUCAAGCAUAGAGGCACUGAGUUUGAAGGUAGGCCUUGAAAUACAUCCACAGGUACACCUCCGAUUGACUCAAAUGAUGUCAAUUAGCCUAUCAGAAGCUUCUAAAGCAAUGACAUCAUUUUCUGGAAUUUUCCAAGCUGUUUAAAGGCACAGUCAACUUAGUGUAUGUAAACUUCUGACCCACUGGAAUUGUGUGAUAGUGAAUUAUAAGUGAAAUAAUCUGUCUGUAAACAAUUGUUGGAAAAAUGUAGAUGUCCUAACCGACUUGCCAAAACUAUAGUUUGUUAACAAGAAAUGUGUGUAGUGGUUGAAAAACAAGUUUUAAUGACUCCAACCUAAGUGUAUGUAAACUUCUGACUUCAACUGUAUGUAUGUAUGCCUUCAUUUCUCAACAAUAUAGACUCUUAGUUUUCAUUUGACACCCAAAUGAGCUUCACAUGUUGGUGCUCAUGAGUCCUUUUACAUAGAAAUGACCUCAUUCAAUCCACCCACUGUCAUAUAGGCAGACAAUUCCCUUCUGGCCAUAUAGGCUACAAAGUUCCAGUGACCUCAUCUACAGAAUUAGUAAACUGAGCUGGCCUCUUCCUCAAGCAGCUCACCAACCACCAGUCACAAGCUCACCAACCACCAGUCACACCUCUUGCUCAUGAAAGGAGCUGUGUCUUUCUGCUUUUUGCUGUGGCAACAGAAGACUGUUGGUACUGUCCACUGAGUGUGGAUGGGGGAGGAGAAUCUUGAGGGAUGUUGGGUGAUGCAUUGCUCGAACAGUGCACUCGGGCGCAGAAGGAAAGCAAUGGCAGGUCAAGGGUCGUACAGACGCCAACCCUUCAGCAUGUGUCCAAAUCCCACUUUGCUUUGGGAGUUUUGACUUACAAGGGAUGACAUAAACUUUUUUUAUUUUUUUUUGUAAAUUCAAAAACAAAUGAACAAUGUUGACUUCCUGUAGCAGUUGACCACCGUUUUGUAUCUUUUAAGUAUUUUUAUUUAUUUUUAUUUCACCUUUAUUUAACCAGGUAAGCCAGUUGAGAACAAGUUCUCAUUUACAACUGCGACCUGGCCAAGAUAAAGCAAAGCAGUGCGGUAAAAACAACAACAACACAGAGUUACAUAUGGAAUAAACAAAACGUACAGUCAAUAACACAAUAGAAAAUCUAUAUACAGUGUGUGCAAAUGUAGUAAGUUAUGGAGGUAAGGCAAUAAAUAGGCCAUAGUGCAAAAUAAUUACAAUUAUAAUUUAGUAUUAACACUGGAGUGAUAGAUGUGCAGAAGAUGAUGUGCAAAUAGAGAUACUGGGGUGCAAAUGAGCAAAAUAAAUAACAUUAUGGGGAUGAGGUAGUUGGGUGGGCUAAUUACAGAUGGGCUGUGUACAGGUGCAGUGAUCGGUAAGCUGCUCUGACAACUGAUGCUUAAACAUAGUGAGGGAGAUGAGUGUCUCCAGCUUAAGAGAUUUUUGCAGUUCGUUCCAGUCAUUUGCAGCAGAGAACUGGAAGGAAUGGUGACCAAAGGAGGUGUUGGCUUUGGGGAUGACCAGUGAGAUAUACCUGCUGGAACGCAUACUACGGGUGGGUGUUGCUAUGGUGACCAAUGAGCUAAGAUAAGGCGGGGAUUUGCCUAGAAGUGAUUUAUCGAUGACCUGGAGCCAGAGGGUUUGGCGACAAAUAUGUAGUGAGGGUCAGCCAACGAGAGCGUACAGGUCACAAUGGUGGGUAGUAUAUGGGGCUUUGGUGACAAAACGGAUGGCACUGUGAUAGACUACAUCCAAUUUGCUGAGUAGAGUGUUGGAAGCUAUUUUGUAAAUGACAUCGCCGAAGUCAAGGAUCAGUAGGAUAGUCAGUUUUACGAGGGCAUGUUUAGCAGCAUGAGUGAAGGACCCGUGUAGCUCAGUUGGUAGAGCAUGGCGUUUGCAACGCCAGGGUUGUGGGUUCGAUUCCCACGGGGGGCCAGUAUGAACAGCGUCUGCUAAAUGACUAAAAUGUAAAUGUAAAAUGUAAGGAGGCUUUGUUGCGAAAUAGGAAGCCGAUGCUAGAUUUAACUUUGGAUUGGAGAUGAUUAAUGUGAGUCUGGAAGGAGAGUUUACGGUCUAACCAGACACCUAGGUAUUUGUAGUUGUCCACAUAUGAAACCCCCUGUAAAUAACACGUUUACUCAUCCAUUUGAUUGUCAUCAUUACUAUACAGUUCCAUUACCUGUUGACUUUACAAUAUUUUGUAUAGAUGUAACUAACUACAUUCUGUGUCACCUUAACACAACUGCUGUAUGACAUGACUUUUAUGACAUGUACAGAUGGGAAGCGUUACCCUGACUACUUUCCUUUCUGGAUUUGUAGCCGUUUGGCCCUGGUUCCUCUUUUAGGCUGAUAUACAGACCAACCGCUAGUUUUUGAGGGUCAGCCUGAGCUUGGAAAUAUUUCACCCUAGACCAUAGUUUAGGGUUACUUUGAACCAACACCAUAUAGUACAUGGGGUCAUUCAGGCUGUCCCUCAAUAACAGAUUUGUCUGAUAUUACUGACGAAGGCAGACUGUUGACAGUUGUCAUAACCUGGAGGGUGACUGAGUUUACCAGUGAUAGUUAAAAAUGUUGAGCGUGCUUACAGAGGGCACUGCAGUGCUGAGACUGAGUUAUAAUCUGUCUUUCCUUCUAAAUUACAGCACCCUGUAACAUCACUGUAAUUCAUCUCUGUUGAUUUCCCUUGAACACCUAGGCCCACAAAUAGGUUGGCUGAUCCUUGAUUGGGUUACGACUAUUCUCUUGGGUCUUCUUAGUGCAACCAAACGCACAUUCUAGAUAAUUUAUUGGAUAAUAUGUAAUAUGACAGAUUCUUUAGAAAGUAAAUUAAUUAUUCAAAGACAUGAGUAUGUGGGGGAAUUAUUUCAAGGGAUAUGGAUCUCCUGGCUAUCGUCAGUCCUCAUCUGUCUCAAGGAACAAUGUUUAUUAUUAUAUAAAUAGGAGUUCAUCCAGUCUAGUCAGACUUUGAAUCAUACACCUCCCGAAUUAGUUCUGGUUGUUUUAUGACUGAAUUAGUUUUUAUUGAAUUUAGCUGUACUCUGAAGCAGCACUUCUCGAAAAUGUCUGGCCCAAGCCCAAUCAUGACCUCAUUUGAUUUGACUAUGGUUGUAUAUGGUUGGUUAAAGUCCAACGGUGUUAAGUCUUAUCUGCCUUUUUAUCACAACGAGUCUGGUUAAAAACCCACAAGUCAUGCCUGCUGUUGCUGCAGUAGUCUUGUUCAGUAUGGCAUAGUGGUGUUCAGUAAUGGUGUUUAGUAUGGCGUAGUGGUGUUGAGUACUGGGGUCGCGUUAGCUUUCAAAAGUCUGCAUUUUCAAAAUGCAGACCCUCCAAAAAUCUGUGUUUUUAAUAGAUUUCACAUGCGUUCUAAUUAAACAAAUUGACAAAGUCAAUGUUCUAGAAUGCUGAAAAAUAUGGGGCAGUUCAAGAGGGUGCUAUGUGUGAAUUUUACUUUACCCUAUGUCAUUAUAAUCAAAUACAAUAAUAAUUAAUCUGAAUGAUAUUAUAGCCUUAAUAUGCUUGUACUCAAGUGUUGAUGAAAUACGAACUCUAUAGGUGAGUUGGGAAAAUGACAAGCUCGUGACAUGUAUCUGAUUUCAUUAUUUUUUAGUUUGAUUUCAUUCUUUUACAUUCUUCAUUGUAACCACACUGUAACAAAUAAUCAAACUCUGGUUGGAACUUUAGCAAAUUAACUAGUGUGAAAAAGGACACAUAACAAUGUCAACAUCAAAUGUGCACACUUAGCCUAUCUUACUUUUUAAUUUGCCUCCCUCCGUUGCUCUCUAUUUUCUCAAUUUUCUGGGUGUUCUACAAAAUAGCAACAUUAGCGCAGCUAGCUAACAUUAGAAUCCAGACCAUAAACUAAGCAACACACACAGACAUGCAUUGCCAAACAACACUAUUGCCACCUUCUGGUUUAGAGGAUUUUAACAAGGCAGUGGCUGACGACUUCAAGGUCUUUGCUGUGUGAACACAUUUUACAUUACAUUUUAGUCAUUUAGCAGACGCUCUUAUACAUUAUUUAUUUUUUAUUUUUCAUACUGGCCCCCCGUGGGAAUCGAACCCACAACCCUGGCGUUGCAAACGCCAUGCUCUACCAAUUGAGCUACAUCCCUGCCGGCCAUUCCCUCCCCUACCCUGGACGACGCUUGGCCAAUUGUGCGCCGCCUCAUGGGUCUCCCGGUCGCGGCCGGCUACGACAGAGCCUGGAUUCGAACCAGGAUCUCUAGUGGCACAGCUAGCACUGCGAUGCAGUGCCUUAGACCACUGCGCCACUUGGGAGAUGGCAAAAGAGAACACAAAAGAGGCCGACUGCCGACACUCUUUUCAGAGGUUAUAAGUACUGUCGGCAGGCAAACAUUUGACAAUCCUACCGAUGUCUGAGCUAUUAAACUUUUUGCCACACAUUUGCUCAUUAAUAGGUUUUACAAGGAUGAUGCAACAUUUUCCUAAGUUUGCAAUGCAACACAUAUUACAGUGUUUGUGUACACAAGGAUUUGAUCAUGCAGAGUUUUUUUUACAGUGCAGCUACUGUACUCACAUUGUACUCUCACUGGAGGGCUAUUUGUGAUGUUGUUAGUCAUAAUAUUUACCAUCACUGUGUGGUGGGCUUGCAUGAUAAUUCAGCACCUUAACAGAUACUGUAUGGUCCAUUUACUGUUUGCUGCUCGCACAAGUGAUCUUUAAUCAGGCUUGAGUGAUACAAAACCAAGGAACAUUUUUACCAAUAUCCACCUUCAGCCCCACCACCGUUCACCUAACCCCAGUGGCUUCCAAACUACCAAGUUCCUGUGACUCUUUUUUUCAAUAUGAAUUGGCCAUAACCCACCAGUGUGGUUCUUGAGCCACAUUUUGGGAGCCAUUGACCUAACCUAACCACCAUCUUUCCACCUCUCCUGCAGUUGGAUAACAUCCUGUACCCUCCGUCCAUGCCCUUCCGGAAGUCCAGUAACCCUGAGGUCAUCCACGGCUCGGGCCUCACCCUCAAGUUCAAGUUCAAGAGACCGCUCAGUGAGGACGGCAAGAACCUCCGCAGGGGGAGCCUAGGGAGCGCUCUCACAGGUAAUAACCACAGGGCUUGGCCGUGCAGGUGCACAUACAGCACACACACACACACACACACAUGCAGAAACACAAGCAUAUAUAUAUGCAUGCACGGUAUACCACCGUCUGUACUUUUUCGAUACUAGAACAUAAACGGUUCGGCACUAGGAUUUUUCUUACUUUCGGUACUUCUGUCAAAUGUGUCUCAGGUUGUCUACUGAUUUGAGAGAGGAUCAAGUCUGCUUAUCAGCGCAGCCGAUGUCCCCUUAUAGUAAGAGCAUCGUGCCUGCUCCACUUACUUAUUGCUAGCUCUAGCCUGUCCUGAGGAACCACUGAACUAACUGGGAGUCUGGGCUGCAUCACCACUCAUGCUGCACAGAAGUUCACACUUGAUUAAUGCAACAUGUCAUGUAGAAAUGUUGAACAUUUUAAUUACUGUUCACAAAACAAUGUCCUUUACAGGCUAGAACACUUUACAAAGCAAGAAGAUACCGGUAGCUUCCAGCUUUGUAGGCUAACUUUCCUUGCUAGCUUACAGCUGAAGCUAAUAUCAAUUUACUACCCUAGUACCUUGUUUGUGAUAAUAUGCUAACCUUAAUGCAAAAUAUUGCUGAUUUCAAAGCUGUUUGUCACCAAAAACGUUAUUCAUUCACUUAGUCUCCCCGCCUCCGGUCUCUCCCAAUCAAUAUAGUCUUUGCUCUAGCCUCAAACUGACUGUGUUAAUGAACGACAUCAUGGGUCUUAAAGAGACAGUGCACACUUUUAUAAAUGAAGAGAUUGCAUCUUCUAUGCAAAUGUUGUUGACAAUAAAAUGAGUCCCAUACAAGCACCUUCGUUUCUCACAUUAAACACAAUUGAUGGUCGCUCUCACCUUUGCACUGACCAUGGCAGCACUCCUCUUUACAUUUUAUAUAUUUGGUGUCAGAGAAGGCCUAUCCUUGUCAGUGGUGUCCAAGCUGUACAGAUCAUCACAUUUCUGGUACUCACGUCUGUCUGCUGUCAAUGUUGGAUCAGGCACAAACCUUAAUUUCUUAAAUUGUUCUUCUGGCAAGCAUGGAGGAUUCAUUAAGCAGUACCAGCAUGGAUCUUCUCCCUCACAUUUCUUGAUCUGUACCAUGUAUUGUGACAUCUUGAAAUGUAUGUCCUGGAAUUGCUUGUACUGUUCCUUGUCAAGGCCUUUUCUGCAGAGGACAUGCAUUAUGUCAACUUCUGUAUCAAUGAUGUUGAAUUGCUGUGCAAUAUUGGCAAUUUCUUCCUGUGUUGCGGGCUGAUGUACUUCUACGUGUGUACCUUUCCACUUCAGGCGCUCAAACCGGCCACUCACAAGAGCUGCAACAGGAUGCAUACUCUUUUCCAAAGCCUCUUUCAGUUCUGGUUGUUUGGUGGCUGUUUAACGUAGGCUUGUCAUUAUGCUACACUUCUUCACACGCUUCUCAUUUGAUUCUUUGAUCUUCUCCCUAGCCUGGGCUGUUCCCUGAAGCCCCAAGUUUAGAAGGGAAUUAACACUCUCGGCAGGGUUGGUCCAGCUGUCACCUGGUGCUGUUCUACAGGCGAUAAGCAUGUCAAGAUCCAGUUGAACAAACAGGAGUGUGUGGCAUGCUUGAACAGGGGCAUGUGUGGUUCUGUGGUCUGGCCCACCAUCAGAUUGAAUGAUCAAGAUUGACUUGAUGAGAGAGACAUCUUCACUGUAGUUCUCUCCUCUGAGAAUGCUGAGAUUUUCAACUGUGUGUCGAAGGGGGCAGGAUGGCUGGAAAACCUUGUCCUUGACAGUGACAUGAACUUUCCCAUCAUAAAAUGGACUAGAUGGAGAUGCUGGGAUGUCUGGGAUCAACAUGACAGAUGGUACAAGUCCACUGAUGUGGUAAUCAUGGCCGGCAGCUGCUAGAACUGGCCCACUCACAGGAGCAAUGUUUGGAUGUCUGCCUCUGUUACAGGUCCCCAUAGGCUGGCCAGGUUCUCCGACCGGGAUGAUUCCCUUAUCAUCCACACAUAACAUUUCACAGUCCUUCUGCCACAUGCAGGCAAACUGUUUAAUGCAGUCCCACUGUACUGCAACAAACUUAGUCUUGUCCCUUUCUUAUCACCCGAGACUGGACCAUGAACUUGAGGUCAAACCUUCCUGUGUACUGGAGAGCAGAUGGGAUUUUAGUUUCUGGUGGAAGCCUCUUUUCCACUGUGUCACGCAAGUCCUCAACUGAUAUAGCAAAAGGUAAGUACAAGUACUCCCCAUGUCUGCGAUCGUUGACCUGAGCUGUGUAUUCGUUAAAAUACUUCUGUACUUCAUCCCAAAAGGGCUGGAAUGAGGAUUGUGGUUUGCCAUUCAGCUUCCUUAAAUCCAUGAUCAGGUCUGGGUCAUCACCAUCAGGGAGGAACAAGGAUACACUCUCAUCAAUUAGGCCCUGUUCAUCAUCGUUUGCUGAACUCUUGUCAUGUGUCAGAAACCGAUACAUUUCUCUCAGGAAGUAGCUGUUGACUUUGGCAGCAUGUGCGUAUUUGUUCAGGAAUGCUUUUUGCAUUGCACUAGUGUGGUAUGUUGGUAUUUAUUUUCUCAGUGUGGAGAUGACAGAAGCUUGCCUGGACUCAUGAACGCCAUUGCUAUGUGAGGAUACCUUCCAUAUGAAUGUCGGAGUGCCUAGGUAGUUACCACAGGCAUACUUGUACAAAGUGAAAGUCAAUGGAAGUUUCAAGUUGUCAAUCCAUUUCCUUCUCUGGAAUCUAUCUUCAGGAGCAAAGUUCAGUAGAAAGAGGGGGUGGUAUUGUGGCACUUUCUCCAUAGCUUGUAACAGAGUGCUGUACUGGGGUCUGACCGGUCCGCAUGAUGCUCUCACAGUGUAGCAUAAAACAUCAGACUCUGGUGUACGUAGGGGAGUGGGGUGUUGGUGAUGUCUGGUCAUUGCUUGAUUCACCUUCUCCAAGUGGGAUGCAUAAGCUGCUAUGGACUCUUAGACGCACCACAUCUUCUCUGAGAUCUAAUAUGAACAAGGAAUACAGGCAGUUUUACUUGAGAGGUUUAAAACAUAAAGCUUACCCUUACUUUUGAAAAUAAACGUUUUAAAUUUCCUGAAUAAAUGGUGACAUUUUACAAUAUCAGACACAGUAUGUUUGACAUGAAUCUACAAGGAGUAGUAGUGUGCCACAAACUUAAUUGAUAUAGAGAAAUGACACAAUACAUUCAUAAAGAUACCUGUGAAGUGAUUCCGGUGUGCCCAGGGCUGGGAUAUUGAGAGAGAGAGCUGACUGCAAUGAUCCCGAAGCUGAUCUUGACUUAGUUUUGGUGCCUUGUGUCGUGUUUCCUGGGAUCUGCUCUAGGAUCCAAGGCCUUGUGGUAAUUGCAGGAAUCUGUCUGGUAUGGCUAAGCGUCUCUCUUUGAACUUCUCUAGAUAGGGGUCCAUAUACCAGAGUGCUUUUGAUAAUCGGGUAACGUAUGUCCAGGCUAUAUGGACAUGAAAAAUAGGAUAAAUAUUACAUUUCAGCCUGAUUAUUAUUAUCAUUAUUAUUAAUACACAAAUUAACAUUAAUGAACAUUAUUCACAUAGGAUGUAUAAUAGAAUGCAAUAUUAUAUUAUAUUCAAAAGUUAUUGGGGAAAAAAAGUAAUGUAUGAAUGUAUUAUCAGUUCAUUAAUCUACUUAAUUGUAUAGCCUAACAAGGCUUUAACAAAUUAAGAAAAUACAAAUAUAAAGGCCUAUCAUAGACUACCCUUUCUAUGAAGAAUAUGCUAUUGUUAAUAAAGGGCAAUCAUUCGAAUUAGGUGAAAUGAAUCUAACACUGGAAAAUGUGCAAUCCAAUCUUGUAAUUUAAUGUGAUGUAUAGGGUAAUAGAAUAGACUAUUUAAAACAAAAAUCUAAUUCAAGAAUGAUUGACAAUAAAUAAUUGUAAUCAAAUUAAAAUAUUGAUGUAUAAUAAUGAGUUAAUUACCUGAAUGUAUCUCUAUAGCUUAUAGGCGUUAACAAAAUAUUCAUAUAAAAAUGAUUAGGCCUCUCAUAGACUAGUAGGCCUUGUAGAAAGAGGGUCAAUCUAGUUAGGUCUGCCAAAUUAAUGUAGCAUUGGAAAAAAUACUUAACUCCAGCCAUGGAGUAUAGCCUAUCAUCCUCAAAGUAAAAAAUGUUGUUUAUAACAUGCACAAUUAGAAACAUCAAUCUAUAUAGAGCAAGCGUGACUAAAUUCGAGCCCAUUAACUUUGCUCACCGCAUCCUCCUUCGAUUGUCUAGUCUGGCUGCCACGAAAAGCCCCCCACCUUGGAAGACAGUCGAUCACAUCAUUGUGGAGCUGCUGAUCUGCACGAAGUGUGUGCGUGCCACUGGCGAUGUACUUUGCUGGACAUGCUAGCUGUUUUCGGCAGUGCAUCAUCACUUCAAAUGCAUUCCGUCUUGGUGUUAUCGGUUGGCCUACUACUACUGGUAGUACCGGUAAAAUGUAAGUUAUGAAUCGCAAAUCACCAUACAGCUGACACACUUCGAUUUCAUGAAUCAUUUUGACUUCAAUUUGGUUGUCCAAAAUACUAUCAGCUUGCACUGCGUCUUUGCUGAUGAAUGCCCUGAUCUCUGGCCAGUCAAUUGGUUCAAUGACAUUGUUGUUUUCGUCUAUUAAUCGCUUCUAAUAGAUCUGAAAAUGAUGCAUUAACCAUGAAUUUAACCUACUGUUUGUUUAUAAUGAGGGACGUCCCACGUUUAACCUGGACACAUAAAUAGUAGGAGUUUGUGCUGCCUUCAGCUAUGAGAGAAAAAUGAAACAUUAGCACGUCGCCUGCAGGUGCGAGCGUGUGUUUCACUGUCCAAUCCGAGGCUCGAAUAUGAUCUGAGGCUGUUUGGUAUCUUGCGCAUCAACUUGGGAAAGCCUCAAGGGGGAGCGGACUGCAUUAUAAACAAAGUGCCGCAUAUAUUGCCCAAAAAAUAAUGCUUGUGAUAUAAUUUUAAUUUUUUUGCGGUGUGGAGAAGAGUAAUGCGGGGCAUCCUUUAAACAGUAAUUCAACUUUUUCCGGCCUUAGCUAAAUUUAGUUAUGAACAAAUUGGCUACAUUUCUUGAAAUUGACAUUUCUGUGAACUUUUGUUGUGCAAGUUUUAAAUUGACACUACCUGUUAGCAAAGGUGACGUGCAUAAGAUUGCAGGGAUUUGUAGUCUUGCAUACUCUCGAGCAUUUUCGAGAGUAAAUAUAGCCAAUAUAUUCAUAAAAAUCACCUCGUCUGAGAGAGAUUUACAUGGUUAUCAAAAUGUCACGUCAGGGUAAUCCUACACGAAACACAGCCCUUAUUUUAUGUGUUUCUAAAAUUCCCUAUGGGAAAAAUGAAUGGUGGAAAAACUAUUGGAAUCAGUUCCCUGUUUGACCGCUAGGUUUUAUGGAUAUUAUGACACCUCCACUGUGGGGCUCUAAACUGCAUAUCCGAUUCCAUAACUGAAUAAAAUGUGGUUGAAUGUUGAUAGUAAUCGUAGCACCUACUGCUAUCUAGCGACUGUUAGAGCCAAUUUAUGCUUGAUCUGAAAAUGUGGUCGGCGGCGCCAUAUGGAUGGUGUGACACAAUUGCAGAUCCUCCGGAGGCACACAGAGGCCAAAUUGAGCUCUCUACCGCAGUGCUGUGCUCCUCUCAAAUGUUGUAACAAUGCGGAGGACUCCAUAUAACUCCACAUUGACAUGAUUGUUUGACGGUAGGUGAGGGCGGGAGGUCCUGUAUAAACACAAACUGACUUCCUUGACAACUUCCUUCACAACAGCUCUGCACUGCUCGGUGAUGCGCAGGAAGUACACUGCUCAAAAAAAUAAAGGGAACACUUAAACAACACAAUGUAACUCCAAGUCAAUCACACUUCUGUGAAAUCAAACUGUCCACUUAGGAAGCAACACUGAUUGACAAUAAAUUUCACAUGCUGUUGUGCAAAUGGAAUAGACAACAGGUGGAAAUUAUAGGCAAUUAGCAAGACACCCCCAAUAAAGGACUGGUUUUGCAGGUGGUGACCACAGACCACUUCUCAGUUCCUAUGCUUCCUGGCUGAUGUUUUGGUCACUUUUGAAUGCUGCCGGUGCUUUCACUCUAGUGGUAGCAUGAGACGGAGUCUACAACCCACACAAGUGGCUCAGGUAGUGCAGCUCAUCCAGGAUGGCACAUCAAUGCGAGCUGUGGCAAGAAGGUUUGCUGUGUCUGUCAGCGUAGUGUCCAGAGCAUGGAGGCGCUACCAGGAGACAGGCCAGUAUAUCAGGAGACGUGGAGGAGGCCGUAGGAGGGCAACAACCCAGCAGCAGGACUGCUACCUCCGCCUUUGUGCAAGGAGGAGCAGGAGGAGCACUGCCAGAGCCCUGCAAAAUGACCUCCAGCAGGCCACAAAUGUGCAUGUGUCUGCUCAAACGGUCAGAAACAGACUCCAUGAGGGUGGUAUGAAUGCCCAACGUCCACAGGUGGGGGUUGUGCUUACAGCCCAACACCGUGCAGGACGUUUGGCAUUUGCCAGAGAACACCAAGAUUGGCAAAUUCGCCACUGGCGCCCUGUGCUCUUCACAGAGGAAAGCAGGUUCACACUGAGCACAUGUGACAGAGUCUGGAGACGCCAUGGAGAACAAUUCUGCUGCCUGCAACAUCCUCCAGCAUGACCGGUUUGGCGGUGGGUCAGUCAUGGUGUGGGGUGGCAUUUCUUUGGGGGGCCGCACAGCCCUCCAUGUGCUCGCCAGAGGUAGCCUGACUGCCAUUAGGUACCGAGAUGAGAUCCUCAGACCCCUUGUGAGACCAUAUGCUGGUGCGGUUGGCCCUGGGUUCCUCCUAAUGCAAGACAAUGCUAGACCUCAUGUGGCUGGAGUGUGUCAGCAGUUCCUGCAAGAGGAAGGCAUUGAUGCUAUGGACUGGCCCGCCCGUUCCCCAGACCUGAAUCCAAUUGAGCACAUCUGGGACAUCAUGUCUCGCUCCAUCCACCAACGCCACGUUGCACCACAGACUGUCUAGGAGUUGGCGGAUGCUUUAGUCCAGGUCUGGGAGGAGAUCCCUCAGGAGACCAUCCGCCACCUCAUCAGGAGCAUGCCCAGGCAUUGUAGGGAGGUCAUACAGGCACGUGGAGGCCACACACACUACUGAGCCUCAUUUUGACUUGUUUUAAGGACAUUACAUCAAAGUUGGAUCAGCCUGUAGUGUGGUUUUCCACUUUAAUUUUGAGGGUGACUCCAAAUCCAGACCUCCAUGGGUUGAUAAAAUUGAUUUCCAUUGAUAAUUUUUGUGUGAUUUUGUUGUCAGCACAUUCAACUAUGUAAAGAAAAAAGUAUUUAAUAAGAUUAUUUCAUUCAUUCAGAUCUAGGAUGUGUUAUUUUAGUGUUCCCUUUAUUUUUUUGAGCAGUGUAUGAAUGCCCUGACUUCUGCAGAGGCCAUAUCACCGUAAAUGCUGCACGCCCAAUGCAGACGUCGGAAUGAUCAUGCAGCGCCUUUUACUCGGAGACAACUCUUGGGGAAAGAAAGGAUGAAUAUUUGCCCUGAAGAUAUUUAUUUGUUCAGAGCUUGUUAAUCUUAGGAUUCAAUGUAGGAAAUGUCUCAUCAACAUGCCAUGUACUGUAGCGUCUCUGAGCUUAUAAGUGUAUUUACUUUCACUGCUGCCUCUUUUACCCCAUGUGAGCCCACACCGUCUUAGGGGCUUCAGCUCUGUUUCUCUAAGGAGAGGAGGAGGACAGGAUUAGAACAAUUCUGUGACUUUGCAUUUCUAUCCAUUCAUCUGGGCAAAUGGUGUGAAUGGCUCCUAGUCUUUUUUACACCCAAAAUAAAAUCAGUCAAUCAGUCAAUAUUUAAAAUAAAGAUAAAGCACAAUAUCAAUAACUUUCUUUUGUCUUUUAAUUUGUACUUUUCUCAUAAUAUACAGUAUGAUAUUACUGCACCUGUAUGCCUGUCUGUAGUGAAAGGGGGAAACCUAGUCAGUUGUACAACUGAAUGCAUUCAACUGAAAUGUGUCUUCCGCAUUUAACCCAACCCCUCUGAAUCAGAGGGGUGCGGGGGGCUGCCUUAAUUGACAUCCACGUCAUCGGCGCCCGGGGAACAGUGGGUUAACUGCCUUGCUCAGGGGCAGAAUGACAGAUUUUUACCUUGUCAGCUCGGGGAUUCGAUCCAUCAAUCUUUCGGUUACUGGCCCAACGCUCCUACCCGCCAGGCUACCUGCCGCCCCUAGUUUAACUACUGUUGUCUGUCUUGUACAGGAAAGUAUCUGCUCUCUAUAAUGUAACUACCAUUGUGUCUUGUCCAAUAGGAAAGUACCUGCUGCCCUAUGCGUCCCCCCAGCAGGCAUGGCAGACCCCCUCGGAGAACUCCAACCUGGUGCGGAUGCACUCCACCACCUUGGGGAAGUCAGCCCCCUCUCUCACCUCUAGUCUGGUGAGUAGUACAUCCUGUUAA